ACAAAAGCAAUAUGUCGMUUUCUUGCCAAAACAAGAUUGUUUUCUUUCUUUCUUAUUCGUGAAAUGCAACCUCCGAUUUUGCGAAAUUUGGCCCAGACUGUGAUAGUAAGGACUCUUGUUUGUAAAUCGGAAGAUUGCAUACAACGACGGCUUCUCAUCGAGCUGCUUCGCUCAACAGAAGGAAAUUGUCUGAGUGAAGAUGUUUUGAUACUCAUUAUMGAAAAGUUUCCUCAACAAUUGACUGAUGAACUUUUGUUCUUGUUGGCACCGAAACACAUSAGACAUAUAAAUCUGAAAGGAUGCUCUUUUGUAACUUGUGAUGGACUAAUCAAAACCAUUGAAAGAUGCAGCCAUAUCCACCAACUGGAUUUCACUGGCUGUAACAGUCUCCUGCGUCCAUCAGUUUUUUGUUGUUUGAAAGAUUUUGCUCCUAAAAUCACAACCUUGUUAUUUGAAGACUGUGAAGUAUURACUGACGAUUGUGUCCAGAUUAUCUUAAUGUGCUGUCCAAAGCUUGAGCAAUUGAACAUUUCCAGUUGCAAAAACAUCACUGAUAAAGCUUUUGCAUUGAMACCAUCCAGCCACAAAAACAAGCUAUCCCAGCGAGCACAGCAAGCAGGAAGACAUCUAGCAAGUGUUGAUAUAUCUGGCUGUCAAACAUUAACAAGUGUUGCCAUCAGAAAUUUGGUUGAUUUAUGUGGAAAYUCACUUAARUCCAUAAAUAUAGCAUGGACAGGUGUUGGUUGUAUUGCUUUGCUCUAUCUCUCAGGGUUAAGUCUACAAGGUGUGAAACAGUUUGUUGAACAAGCAGAUUCUUCAUGUGUUCGAUUAUUGGAAACAGACUCUAAACAAGAAUGUGAUGAAAGCACAACAAAUGUGGACACUUCUUCUGAUCCAGUGAAUGACAACUUACAAUGCACUAACRAUAACAAAGAAACUUAUCAGGUUUUUCAACAUGGAGAAGAGACUCAGCAAAAUUGCAAAAAUGAUUCUAGACAUUUUGAGUUGCCUUUGGACAUUAAUCCUGUAAGGGAUGACAAAGACAAUGAUGAACAUUGUAUAGUCUACAAAGAAUACUCUGUUUCAGAUAUAUUCAAAGAUGAUUCACAGAGACAAACAGAUGAUAUUGGAGACAAUAACAAAGUAGAUAGUUACCUUGCCACAGAACUUUAUUCUUCAAAAUGCAGUGCAUCAUCACCAGGUGGAUCAGGACUCAAAUCAAAUGGAGAUCAAGAAAAAGACAGUCUUUCAUGCAAAGUUGAACAAUAUGAUAAUCAUCCAAUUGAGGGUAAUUUUAUGGAAAGGGAAUCUGUCAGCAAUAUCAGUGAUGAAUACACCAUAACAAAUCAAACUGUUUCAACUCAAGACAGAUAUUCUCUUGAUGAUGAAUGGCUGUCAUGGCAACAGAUUGACCAAUUAUGUAGUGACAAUGGUGGGCUUUAUGACCAUAUAUGGAGUGAUGUAUCAGAGGAUUCAGUUUCAUCAGCAUUUAAGGAUGGAAUAGCAUGUCUUACUAGCGCCUUUAUCAAUUUAGAAUCAUUGGAUGAUGAURAUGAUGAUGAUGAUKACAAUGAUGAUGGAGAUUCAGACAAAAACAGCUGCAUCCAAGCAAACCCAACACUUUCUUUACUCACUGACUCACAAGACAWUACCAAUGGUAAAUCUGACUUUAGUAGCUGUGACGAGGAAGAUCAUWUAUUGGAUGAAGCUGAUAAACAUUUGGCUGACAUUUUCAGUGUUGAUGAAGUGUAUUCAGAYAACCUGUCUUCACCUCUUCAUGAYGCUKUGAUCAGUCUUACUGCUGCAAUGGGAGACUUGAUAAAUGAUGACAGUGAUGAUGAUGAAGAUGAAUGUGUUAAUGAUGAUGAUAAAAAUCAACUAGUAAUAAUGGAUUCUACUYAUGAUAAAACAGAUGAAGAGCCUGGCUCUUUAUGUUGCCAUGGAAAUGCUGAUUUUUCAGGUUUCCAUGGAAACAAACCAUCAAUUAAUCAGAAUGAAGAAGUAGGUAGUGAUUGUGUUGAUUUGAAAGUUGACAGCUUGGACCCAAUCUCUACUGAACAAAUCAACUUAGUUAUGYUUMCUGAAGAARAGGACUCCUCUCUCAACAAGGGUGAUGGAAAUAAAGAGCACCAGGCUGACACGGUGAAAUCUAGUGUUAAUUGCAUACAGACACCUGAAAAUUCUCAUAGACAGUCCAUUGUUAAAUCAUCUUUCCAUACAGGAACUAUUCCAUUAAAGUUGACCCAUAAUCCUCAACUUCAUUCUAUUGAUAUAAGUAGCAUCUAUUUUCAUAGUAAAGCCUUGGGCGUGGCCUGUUUAAAGAUGUUUAUGAAUAUGAAUAAAUCACUGAAAMGUUUUACAACAUCAUGGACAGAGUUGGAUGAUGAUACCUUGAUAAGUYUUCUCAAGAGUGUACCAGAACUUUGCUCUUUGACUUUAAUUGAUUGUGAGAAAAUAACUGACAAAUCACUCAAGGUAUUGCCUGUCUACUGUCCUCAACUGAAGAAAAUAGAUCUUAAAGGUGUACCAUUCAUAACUGAUGGAGGUGUUGUCCCUAUGCUGUCAUCACCAUCACURCAAUCACUGUCACUAGCUGAAGCAUCAAUCACAGAUAUCACCAUGUUUGCCAUUACAGAACAGUGUGGUGAUAAGCUGCAUGACCUAGACCUUUCAUGGUGUGAAGACUUGACUGACAAGGGAAUGUCUGCUAUGGUAACAUCAUGUACYAGUCUACAAAGUCUUGCACUACGUCAAUGUGCAGCCUCAUUUGUAACCAUAGAAAUGUUGUCAUGUUGCCAUGGGAUGACAUCUUUGAACAUUGCAGGAAUUGACCAGUUCACAGACCAGAUGCUGACAACCUUGGCAACCAACCUGCCUAAUCUGGUAUCUAUUGAUGUAAGUUGGAACUCUAGUUUGACAUCAGUUGGUGUUUGUGCACUUAUGUCAAACUGCUGUCAUCUUCAAGAAGCAAACUUAUCAGGCCUGAAGGCACUGACAUCCAAGCCAUUUCUACMCAUCAUAUCAGAUUUAUUCAUGUGGAGGUCUAAACAAGAAGUUAUGUUAAGGAGAAAAUUUAAGAGCCAGCUACAUGGUGGGUCAGCUGAGACAUUUCUUAAACCAUGCUCAAUGGAAAUAGCCAAACAUCUUGGAGAUGACCURCCAUUCAGAUCAACAACCUACUGUCCUGUACUACGAUCACUUGUUCUAGAAUACAGCGAUAAAGUCAAUGAUGAUCACAUGGCUCAAAUUGUAGCUGUUUGCAGAGGAACGCUAACUGUYACUGAUUACUACAGUCAGYUGAUAGAACCAAAGUGGAUAUUUUUUGACUGGACAAAAAAGCCCUUCAAGGAAGCCCAAUAAAAGUGUUUUGAGUAACUGAAGAUGAAGAUUGGUGCUCAUGAUAUACACAAUGUGUGUCUAUUGUUUGAUUUUGUCUAGGAAAAAAAACAUUUGAAUGGUCAUACACUAAAGAAUUGCAGACAAGGCUCUUAAGAAACAAAGGAAUUAURUAUUGUUUCCUCUGAGCC